AUGGAUGAUACCGAACGCCGAACGGUGAAGCGCUCGCGCUUCGACCAGACCGAACCAGAACCCAAGAGGGCCUCGCGAUUCGACCGUCGCUCUCGAUCUCCUCCGGCGCGUCGAACUGAGCCCGGCAGGGACCGUAGUCCCCUCGGAAAUGAUGGAGGUUCUGAUCCUAAAAAGUCACCUGGCGAUGCCGCCGCCGCUGCUGCUGCCGCUGCGGCUAGAAUCAAUGCGCAGCUCCAAGCUCGCAAAGGAAUCCAACACGUCGAUGUCCCUCCGAUCAAGCCCGCCGAAUCCUCCCCUGCUGCUCCCGCGCCGACUUCGCAAAGCUCCUCAAAGACAGCCCCUGCGCUCAACGGGGAGAUGUAUGUCGCAGAUGGCGACUAUAUCCAGGAUAUUGAAGUGAACGACUUGAGGAACCGCUACCUCCUCACCAAGGGGUCUACGCAGAAAAUGAUUAAAGACGACACCGGCGCUGAUGUCACCACUCGCGGCAAUUACUAUCCUAAUAAGAGCAUGGCCACAGCUGCUAACCCUCCGCUUUACCUCCACGUCACAAGCACAUCCAAGCAAGGCUUGGAGUCUGCUGUCGCCAAAAUCAAUGAGCUAAUUCAGCAGGAACUACCCCAGCUCGUCGAUGAGCGACGUUUCCGCCGACGAGACCAGGAGCAAGUCGAACGAGACGAAUUUGGACGACGCAAAUGGCCCGAGGAGAAGAUCCCCAUCACCCUAGAGCCCGUUCAUGGAUUCAACCUUCGCGCUCAGGUUGUUGGACAUGGCGGUGCCUAUGUCAAGCACAUCCAGCAAGAGACUGGUUGUCGUGUGCAGAUCAAGGGCCGAGGAUCCGGCUACUUGGAAGCAGCCACGAAUAGAGAAAGUGACGAGGACAUGUUCCUCCACGUCACCGGACCUGAUGCCAACAUGGUUGAAAAGGCUAAGGAGCUCUGCGAGGAUCUGAUCGCCAACGUCAAGGAGCAGUAUGAAGAAUUCAAGACCCGCCCCCCUCGCUAUGGAGGUGACCGCUAUGGAGGUGAUCGUAAUCAUUCUCAUGGCGGCUCUCACGGAGGUUCCCAUAACUCCUAUGGCGGCUCUCAUGGUGGCAGCGGCGGCUAUGGUGGUUACGGCUCUGGCUCUGGCGGUGCUUCCAACAAUAGCCCGGCACCUCCUGGUGUCAACAGCCCUACCAAUGCCGCCGAUUACGCUGCUCAGUACGCCCAGUACUAUGGAGGAGCAGACCCCUAUGCAGCCUAUGGCGGAUAUGCUAACUAUGUCGCCAUGUAUCAGCAGUACUAUGGAGCCCAGGCACAAGCCCAAACACAGGGCCAGGGCUCUCCUGCAGGCGCUCCUGGGCAAUCGGCUUCACCGCCUCCUCCGCCCCCGAGUGAGGCAGCUCCUCCGCCGCCUCCGCCGCCCAGCUCGGCGCCUCCACCACCUCCACCCUCCGGGUCUCCCCCUGCGGCUGGAGGGAGCUACGGCGCGGUAUUCGCUUUAGAGCUGCAACAUGGCAAGAUGAGCCAUCAGCGAUACCCCUCCCACGAUCCCGUCAAGGAACCUCAUUCCAUCUCCCUCAAGGUCCUCCGACUAUCACGCCCUUCGCUCGUCACUCAGUAUCCCAUAGACCCUCCCUCCUCGAUAGGCGCGACCAUCAAGCCAGCCCCAGCUCCGGCAUCGCUUGCUUACCGCUCCGAAACUACAUCGAACCCAUCACCGUUCCUCCUCAGCCCCAUCGUCAACCUCCCCGUGUCGUUCGGCUCGGCAUACGUUGGCGAGACGUUUAGCUGCACGCUUUGCGCCAACAAUGACCUCCUGCCGGACGUACCCAAGAACAUCCGCGAUGUGCGCAUUGAUGCCGAGAUGAAGACGCCCGGCCUAGGUGCCGUCCAGCGCCUCGAGCUCGGUCCGCCCACCGACAAACCCGAGGCGGACCUUGACUCUGGCGGCACACUGCAGAGGGUCGUCUCAUUCGACCUCAAGGAGGAGGGCAACCACGUUCUGGCGGUGACGGUCAGCUACUACGAGGCGACUGAGACGAGUGGGCGCACAAGGACGUUCCGCAAGCUCUAUCAGUUCAUCUGCAAGGCGUCACUGAUUGUGCGCACAAAGGUCGGACCUCUCAAGGCUGCGGCCGGCGACGGACAGCCGCGGCGGUGGGCGCUUGAAGCACAGCUGGAGAACUGCAGCGAGGACGUGGUGCAGCUGGAAAAGGUGGUGCUGGAUACAGAGCCCGGACUGCGGUACCGCGACUGCAACUGGGAGGCGAGCGGGAGCACCAAGCCGGUGCUGCACCCGGGCGAGGUGGAGCAGGUGUGUUUCGUGGUGGAGGACAGCAGCGGCACCGGGACGCCGGGAGGCGACGUUGAAGUGACACCCGACGGGAGGAUCAUAUUUGGGUCACUGGGCAUUGGCUGGAGGGGCGAGAUGGGUAACCGAGGAUUCCUGUCAACCGGCAAGCUGGGCACGCGAGUGGCACGGUGA